AUGUACGCAAUUCUUCAUGAAACGGAUGAUUCAACCGCGGUGAAUUUUAGUGAAUGUGGGAAAUUCUUCCCAGAAAAAGGCUUACAAAUAGUUACUGUAGGUGUUAAAUAUUUACAAAUUUUCCGCGCCAAUCCAUAUGCUUUAUUAUUGAAAGAUGAGCAACAAUGGGCCCAGACAACAAGAUUGGAAUGUUUACUAGCCGUACGAUUAUUAGCACCCGUACAGUCAUUUGCUAUUGCUAGAAUUCCACAGAAUCCAGAUUGUGACAGUCUUUUGCUUGGAUUUGAUGAUGCAAAACUUUCUAUUGUUGGUGUAAAUCCAGCCGAUCGAUCUUUGAAAACAAUUUCGUUACAUUGCUUCGAAGAUGAAUUGCUGAAAGAUGGAUUUACGAAGAAUUUACCUCGUCCAGUUAUUCGUGUUGAUCCAGGUCAACGGUGCGCCGCCAUGCUUGUUUUUGGCAGAUACCUUGCUGUACUACCAUUCAAUGAUUCAGGUGCCCAAUUACAUUCUUAUACGGUUCAGCUUUCCCAAAUUGAUUCCCGUUUGGUUAAUGUGGUGGAUAUGGUUUUCCUGGAUGGUUACUACGAGCCAACAUUAUUAUUCCUUUAUGAACCCGUUCAAACCACUUGUGGACGAGCUUGUGUACGUUACGAUACCAUGUGUGUAUUGGGUGUCUCAUUAAAUGUUAAAGAACAAGUUCUUGCUUCGGUAUGGCAGUUGACCAAUUUACCAAUGGAUUGUAAUCAGAUCCUUGCAAUUCCACGACCAGUCGGUGGAAUUUUGCUAGUUGCUACAAAUGAACUCAUCUAUUUAAAUCAAUCCGUCCCUCCAUGUGGCAUAUCACUUAACAGCUGCAUGGAUGGUUUCACUAAAUUUCCACUAAGGGAUUUCAAGCAUAUGGUUCUAACACUAGACGGCUGUGUUGUGACCGUUAUCUCUACAAAUAAGAUUUUACUAUGUGAUCGCAAUGGACGAUUGUUUACACUGGUUUUAGUUACGGACGCUACGAAUUCGGUCAAGUCACUGGAGUUGAAGUUCCAGUUUAAGACGGUAAUCCCGUGCACGAUGACUUCCUGUGCACCCGGCUAUCUCUUCAUUGGCUCUCGUCUUUGUGACUCCGUGUUUCUACAUUGUAUUUUUGAACAAUCUACGUUAGAUGAAUCUGCUCCGAAGAAAAUAAAGUUGAACACUGAACUUAAUGCGAAUGAAGAUGAAGAUUUCGAGCUUUAUGGAGAAGUGCUUCCGAAGGUUGCAAAGCCGGAUUCAGCAGAAGAACUAUUGAAUAUUCGUGUGCUUGAUAAAUUGCUUAAUGUCGGUCCUUGCAAGAAAAUAACUGGUGGUUGUCCGAGUAUCAGUGCCUACUUUCAGGAAGUAACUCGAAAAGAUCCACUUUUUGAUUUGGUGUGUGCCUGUGGGCAUGGGAAAUUUGGAAGCAUUUGCAUAUUUCAAAGAAGCGUUCGUCCCGAAAUCGUUACAAGUAGCAGUAUUGAGGGAGUUGUGCAGUACUGGGCUGUUGGGCGCCGUGAGGAUGAUACUCACAUGUACUUUAUCGCUUCAAAAGAGUUGGGAACAUUGGCAUUGGAAACAGAUAAUGAUUUGGUUGAAUUAGAAGCACCGAUAUUUGCGACCUCAGAGCCAACCAUUGCUGCUGGUGAAUUAGCCGAUGGUGGUCUUGCUGUUCAGGUGACCACCUCAAGUUUAGUAAUGGUUGCAGAAGGGCAGCAAAUUCAGCAUAUACCGCUUCAGUUGACGUUUCCAGUGCGAAGUGCUUCCAUUGUGGAUCCAUACAUUGCAAUAUGUACGCAAAAUGGGAGAUUAUUAAUGUAUGAAUUAACCAGUCAUCCGCACGUGCAUCUAAAAGAAAUCGAUAUUUCGAAAAGACUGCGUCAUGAAACGUCGCCAAUAACAUCCUUAUCAAUUUAUCGUGAUAUGAGCAGCAUUAUUCGAUUUUGUUCUGCAGCAAACAUCUCUCAACAGCAGCAAACAACUGGCGCUAAUGUGCAGAUUCCAGAGCAUGAAGAUUUUGAGGAUGUGGAUGAUUUGCUGUUGUACGGGGAUUCCAAGAAAUCUAAAAAAGAAACGGUAUCCAAACGGAGAAUCGUUGGAAUGAAGUUAACGGAGCAAAACACUUAUUUUGAUACCGAUGUUAUUGAUCCAAAUACGAUUGUGCCAUCACAUUGGAUUGCAAUUGCGCGUGAAAAUGGAAACAUGUACAUAUAUUCUAUACCGGAACUGCACUUAGUUUAUAUGGUUAAGAAAAUUAGUCAUUUGCCAGACAUUGCUACAGAUCAACCUUAUGUUGAUGAUGAGCCAGCUACGGCAGAAAGUAUCGAUACAAUGUCCGCAACAAUGACUGAUACAUUUGCUGCAAAACCGGAAGAAGUGAUUAUGGAAUUGCUUAUGGUUGGAAUGGGAAUGAAUCAGGGACGUCCAAUGCUUUUUUUGCUUAUUGAUGAUACGGUUUCCGUAUACGAAAUGUUUACUUACAAUAACGGUAUUCAAGGACAUCUUGCCGUACGAUUCAAGCGACUUCCAUACACAGUUGUAACCAGGUCAUGCCGUUUCCAAGGUUUGGAUGGCCGAGCAGCGGUUGAGUCAGUUCGAGAUGCUGUUAGACACAAAACUGUUUUGCAUUUCUUUGAGCGAAUUGGCAAUGUGUUAAAUGGUGUCUUUAUUUGUUCGUCGUAUCCGUGUAUUUUCUUCCUUGAAACUGGUGUACCGCGUCUUCAUCCGGUCAAUCUUGACGGGCCUAUAUUAUCGUUUACUACUUUCAACAACGCUGCUUGUCCAAAUGGAUUCAUUUAUUUGACAGAACGAGAGCGACUUAUGCGUGUAGCAAAGUUACCGAACGAUAUGAUACUUGACACAUCAUAUCCAGUUAAAAGGAUAGAUGUUGGAGCCAGUGUUCAUAGUGUUACAUAUUUGCUGCAUUCAAAUACGUACGCUGUGCUGACAAGUGAGAAAAAAAGGUAA